UUACCAUGAAGCCGGAGCAUUAGCGUUAAAUUUCGCUAUAAGUAUAAGCAUUAUUUCAAAAUUGUCAACUUGUAAUGUUUUCUUCCAGUUAUAUCUUAACUAAAGAGAUUGUAAAUACUUGUUAUAAACUAAAAUAGAACUUCUAUUGAAAAAAAAAGUAUUUUUUCUUUGUGUAGUAUUUCUUAGGAUAUUCAUUUGGCUAACUUAACUAACUGCAAUAUGGAUGACAGAAUUUUGGCUUUGAUUGAAACAGGCAGCGAAGAAAAUGUGAAAACAGUAUUACUGGAAUUUAACAAAAAGAAUGCCCAGACAUUUUCUUUUCCUGAACUUGAUGUGCUAAAAAAGAAGAAGCUUGUAGAUGGAAUACUUAAGUGUCUUAGAGAUGAGUCAUUUUUUGAUUGCCAUCAAACUUGCCUUGAAACUGUUCGGAUCUUAAGCCGAGAGAAGAGGGGUUUAGAAGAAGUGUUUACUAAAGAUAUCCUAGACACCAUGUUACAGCUGGCAGGAAUGGUGACUGAAGAAGAACUUGUUAAUAAUCAAGUUCCAGUAAAAGAUCCUAAAGUGAUCAUUGAAGCACAGAAAAGCCUUUGUAAUCUGAUUUUCAACAGUACUGGAAUCCAAAGAAUUUGUUGUUACAACAAAUGUGUGGAAGGGAUUAUGAUGCGAUUGAAAACUUACAAAGACCCAGAUCUACUGCAUGAAGUCAAAUUUUUUGACAUGAGAAUGUUGUUUCUUCUGACUGCCUUAUGUGCAGAUAUCAGACCAAAACUAAGAACUGAACAUCAUGGACUCAUUUAUCUGAUGGAAAUAGUAGAUCUUAUUAUGAAGAGCAAUGCAGAGAGAAAUCGACAUCGUCACAAAGGCAGCAAAAGAUUUAGCAAAAGCAGUAGGAGAGGACGAAGUGGUGGAGAUUCUGGAGUUUUUCCAAUUCCUUGUCUUGAUGAUGAAGAAGUAGAUUUAGCAUCAGAAGUACUUAAGGUUCUGUUCAACCUAACUGUGAAUGUAGACAAGUUAAAUAUGGAGGAGGAAGAGGAAGCACAUUUCAUGAGGCUAGUCAGUAUCCUCCAUGACAUUCUGCUGUGUGACACUAAAACACCUGACAAAAAGGAAGAGCUGCACAACCAUACAAUAAAUCUUCUCAACAAUAUGCCUCAUGCCAGCUAUGAGGAACUGCUUACUCCAUUAACUGAUAUCCCUGGUGGGAAAACUGAUAACAAAAACUUACAAUAUGAAGGCAUGAACAUGGAAGCUGUAUCUGUAAUAUUGGAAUUUCUACAAAAGAAGAUGGACCAGCCAAAUAAAAAGCAGAGGGACUUCUUAAUCCCAAUUCUGUCCUGUCUUGGGGAAUGUGCUCGUUCUAAUAGAAUAAUUAGGAAAUGGAUGAAGAUUAAGGUUCUUCCACCUUUAAAAGAUGUAAGAAGUAAACCAGAAGAAGGAGACACACUUAGAAACAGGCUUGUUCGUCUAAUGACUUCUCCCUACACAGACAUUAAAGAACUUGUUGCUGAUUUUCUUUUUGUCUUGUGUAAAGAAAAUGUGAAUCGACUAGUGAAGUAUACUGGUUAUGGCAAUGCCGCAGGUCUGUUGGCAAACAGAGGUCUAAUGCUUGGUGGUCAGAGCAGUGGUGCUUGUAACUAUUCAAGUGAGUCUGAAGAGAGUGACACUGAAGAGUAUCUUGCUUGUAAGGAAAGAAUCAAUCCAGUAAAAGGCUGCUAUGAAUCUCCAAGACCUAAUCCAAUGGAAGGCCUAACAGAUGAGCAAAAAGAACAGGAAGCCAUGGAGCUCCUGAACAUGAUGGCUAAGUUGGCAAGAGAUGGCAUUGUACAACCUAUGAGAGUUGGUACUGAUGGUAAACCUCACCCUGUAAAACAUAUACCAGAACAUCAGAAGGAGGAAGACUCUGAAGAAACUGAUUCAAAUUGAGAAGUAACAGGUGAUCUGGAUUUCUGGGCUUUAAGAAUCCAAAUUAACUAUGGUCACAAAGCUUGUGUUAAUACUAUUAGCACAAAUCUGAAUGUAUUCAAGGACAUGUGCUCUUUCUAAGUUUGCUUUUGCAGUUACCAAAUUUAAUUAUUAGUUACAGGGUUUGAUCAGGGUAAAAUUUCAAUAUUCUAGUCGUAAUUUACUAAGUGACAUGUUAUCUUUCAUCUUGUGAUUCUUGUAGAUAUAUAUAUAUAUAUAUGUUGUUUUAUUACAAAUAUUUCUGUAUCGGUAACAACAUCUUAGAGAAAUCAACCAGCUGAUGGAAUAACUAUCAUAAUAAUUAAUUUUUUCAUAUUCAGACAAAGAGUGAUGGUAGAAAAUUUAACUUGUAAGUGUACAAAUAUCUCUUACUUAUGGUCUUUGAACAGUGUCUAAUUCCAGCCCAUGAUGCAUUUAAUAAAACAACCAUAAUAUGUAAAUUAAUAACUAGUUUUUCAAUAUUCAGUCACAGUGUGAUGAUAGGACAUUUAACUUCUUAGUGUAUAAGCAUCUCAUACUUGUUUUUGAACAGUGUCAAAUUCCAUCCCAUGAUGUAUUUAAUGGAACAACUGUAAGUCAUAGAUUAAUAUUAAUUUUUCCAUAUUUAGUCACAUAGUGAUAGUACGAAAUUUAACUUCUUGGUGUAUAAGUAUCUCAUACUUGUCUUUGAACAGUGUCAAAUUCCAUCCCAUGAUGUAUUUAAUGGAACAACUGUAAGUCAUAGAUUAAUAAUUAAUUUUUCCAUAUUUAAUCACAUAGUGAUGAUACAAAAUUUAAUUUGGAUGUGUGCAAGAAUCUCAUACUUGUGGUCUUUGAACAUUCUAAUUCCAACCUGAUGUAUUCCAACAUUUUUAUUUGAUAGUCAUUAUUGUAUUUUUUGCUUUGUUAAAUAAGGAAAGUAAAGGUGUAAAUUAAUACAUAAUAAGCUGUAAAACAGAUUACAGAAUAUUCUUCACACUACUGUAUCGUGUCUUGUGAAAUGUACACCUCUUGACAGUGUUUAAAUAAGAUAUGUUGUGUGUGUGUGUGAGAGAGAGAGAGAACUCCAUAUAUGGGAUGUUAGUAUUUUGAUAGCCUUUCUAUAUGGUAGGUAUAUUAUUUCUAAAUGUGUGAAUUAAGUAACUUAGAUCUGCAUAUAAGUAACCACUGUCCAGUAACAGUAAAUGUAAAUUAUCAGUUUUUGUAUAAUAAGCUAGUGUGUAAUGUACAUUGAUUUGUUUUUGUAGAAUUACGUUCAGAGUUUGGGACACAUUUAUGAAUUGAAAAAAUUCAAUUUAACAACUGUUGAUAAUUUUUGUUGUUAUCGUUUAUUUUGCUCUUUUUUCUAUCAUAUUUAUUGAACAAAAAUAUUAUACAUAUAUAAUUUUUAUUGAAUGUUUUAUUUCAUCUUUUUUUCAGGAAAACUUUAUUAAAAGAAUUGAGAACCAAUUUGCAUUUUAAAACCUUCAGGUACAAUUAAAAAUUUUUUUCAGUGUUAGAAAUUAUUUACUAGUAGAAAAAGGUUUUUUUUUUAACCCACACGACAUGACAGAUACAUACUGAUCAUAUGAGGUAGGUAUAAAUACUACUAAAAGUUUUCUAUCACCUCAUUGUAAGAGUUUAUCAUGUACUAAACAAGAUGUAGUCAAAUGUUCAUACUGUUGUAGUGGAACUAGUUUAUAACAUAGAGAACAUAAAACUUUCUGAAUAAAAAGUUAGUCAUUAGGAUUGCUGAUGUGGUGUAAGUAACACCAAUAAUAGCACAACUACCUUCUUACAGCUUCAUGUAAGACCAAUCAAUUUCCAUGUUUUGAAUUAUACAAAUUAUAAUGAUAUCUAAUAAUUCUCAUACCAGAAAAACGAGUGUGUUAAAGACAGCCAUCAAAGUGUGUAUGGUGACUGAACAAGAAACUGUUAUGAUAUUGUACUUGGAACCAGCUACCAAACCUAUUUAACUUUUCUGUUUAAAGCGUUAAUGAAACUUGAAGGUCAAUACAAGCUCAAACAUGAGCAUCCAGUUUGUUGUUUGUUAUUGUCUUUUUUUUUCAUGAAAACUCAAUAGAAAAUAAAGAAAAGUAAUGAAUAAAAGGAAAUUAUAGUACCAAAAUAUGUUGUAAUGUGUCAUGUAAGUGCAUUAUUGGUCAAGUUUUAUCUGUGUCAUGAUUAAUUAUGGGAAGUGGUAUAUUUUUUUUUCUCUCUUUCUCUCUCUAUAUUUAUAUAUAUAUGUAUGUAUAUAUGUGUGUAUGUUAUUUUAAUGUGAUUACGUUUGAAGAUUUUUCAUUGUUAGCCGUAAAGAAAAAUAUUUUACUAGUAUAUCAGGGAGAAAAUCAUCUUAUUGGGGUAACUAUAAUGUACAGGGUAUAUCACUCUUUCAUAAGAAAGUUUUGAUACGUUGAUAUCUUGCCAUGUCUUCCAAAAGUAUUAGCAUGAAACAGCUUAGAAAUACUAUGUUAAAUGUAUUAUAACAUGGCACAACUUUUAUUACAUGAGCAAAAAUAAUACAUGGUCAUUUGACAGUUUACACUUGAAAUUGGUAUUGUUAGGCCCAUUUCAUAUAUUCUAAUAAACAGUAUUAGGAAUGUGAUCAUGAGAAGAGUUUUUCGUUUUUUGGAAAAAAUCGUGAAGUUCGUGUUUAUGUUAAGGGCAUAUUUAUUGUGUGUUGUUUUAGAGUAUAAAGUUUCAAACUUUUGUAUAAACACAUAUAAAUGUUUGCAUAUAGUCUCAAAGCAUAUUUUAUUACACAUUAUUUACAUGAAAAUGUUAUUAUCAAAAUACUAAUUUAUAACGUUAGUUUCUUGGUGCCACAUUUCCAAUUUGUAGGAUCAAUGGAGAUUAGGUAGAGAUAGAUAGUCAUUUGUUCAUACUUUUUACUGAAGAAUUCGACUAAAAUCUGUUCAUUAGGAGUGGGUUAAAUUACUUAAUCACGUGUAUAUGU